AUGUCUUCAGCGCCGUUUCCAUACGCCGUCAGGGCCUCCUUCUGGCGAGGGGGGACGUCGAAGGGGGUCUUCUUCAAGCUCUCGGAUCUGCCAGAAUGGUUUCAAUCGAUCCUGGACUCCGAGAAGCCGCCGGACGGUGCUCAGUUCCAGCGCAUGGAGAAGUUCUUUGCGGCAGUGAUGGGCUCGCCUGACUCGUAUGGUCGACAGCUGAACGGCAUGGGCGGCGGCAUCUCAUCCCUCAGUAAAGCCAUGGUCGUCCGGCCGUCUGAUCAGGCCGAUGUCGACGUCGACUAUACCUUCUUUCAAAUCGGGGUCAAAGAUGGGAAGCUAGACAUGGCUGGGAACUGCGGUAACCUGACUUCUGCCGUUGGGCCGUUCGCUCUGAACGCCGGUCUAUGGCGAGGGUGUCCGCACAAGGUUGCCCAGGUCAACGGCGUUGACACGGGGUCUGUCACGAUGCGGCUGAGAAACACUAAUACGGAAAAGACCAUCGAGACGAGCUUUGACGCCUUCAGGAGUGGCAGCACAUGGCAGUACCUCGAGGUCGGGAGGUGUUCGAUCGACGGAGUCCCUGGUACCGCGUCGACCAUCACACUCUCGUUCCUCGAUCCAGAGGGUUCGAAAACGCCCAAAGCCUUAUCUACCGGCAACCCAGUGGACGAAGUACAAGUGGGCGACCAAAUCAUUCGGGCGUCCUUGAUCGACGUCAGUAACCCCGGUAUCUUCAUUGACGGUCGCGAUGUUGGAUGGAACUCGUCUUCCACGCCGGGCGAAAUGAACAACAACCAAGUGCUCUUGGAUAAGCUGGAAUUGAUUCGGAAAGAAGGCACCAAGAUGAUGGGUCUUGAUCCGAGCAUCAGCAGCAUCCCGAAGAUUGUGCUCCUGUUUCCCCCCAAGGCAGACGACAUGGAUAUUUCCUGCCAGGCACUGUCGAUGGAACAAGCCCACAAAGCGGUUCCGGUGACCCUCGCCCUGAAUCUAGGAGUGGCUUGCAAGAUGGAGGGGACUAUCCCGCACAAGUUGUCGACGCACUCGCACGAAUCCAAUACCGUCAUUGGUCAUCCUUCUGGGACUCUGGAGGUCGGAGCGGCGAUAGUCGAUGGCAAAAUCGAGAGCGCCAAACUGAUCAGGACGGCGAGGUGUCAUAUGGAUGGCCUUGUCAAUAUAACGAAUGGAGAGGUCUCUGAGAUAUUAUAG